UUCGGAUUGGGUGGUAUACUCGGUACCAAGCCGACCACGUUCUACUUAUACCAAUCGAUCAUUAGAAAGAAGAAUCGCAGUACAUUAUAGGUCCGGCGGAAAUUUGGUGGCCCAAGGUUCUUUUUAACGUUUUAAUAAAGUAACACCGACGUCUUUUUGUGUGGCUCGGGAAGAGUGCUUCUCGGGGGCGACGGGAGCGCAUAUAGCUGGCAUUUGAUCGUCAUACCCCCUUGCUAUUCUCGGACGCACCCCACACAAACGCGCGACACACCACAUUCGGUUCAGUGGUGAACAAAUCUGAGCCCCAACGAGUCCCGUCCAAGAUCUGCCCUCGCCCACGUCACGCCCACGUCGCCCAGCCCUGCCAGCUGUGCCAGCGUGGUGCUAGCCUAUCGCGAACCAUGUACGGCAACUAUGGUGGCCUUCCUAAUGCUGUCCCUCCCGCUGGAUCACAGUACAAUGGCGGCGCCCCACACUCAGCUGCUCAUAACCCUCAUUUGCAGCCCGGUCAAGUUCCUCCCAACCAGCCUUCGAUGUACAACCAUCCGCAUCAGCAGUUUCCCAUGGGCGCGCAAGCCGGAGUCGGGUUUCCUGGUGCUCCUAACAUGAUGCCGGGUCCUGGACCUGCAGGAAUGAUGCAAAAUACCGGUAUGCCGCACAUGGCCGCGACCAAUGGACCGAUGCCCAACUACCAACCGCCAUAUACGAACUCGCCAUAUGGCGCUGGUGUUCCUAGUUCCGUUGCGCCCCAAUUGAACGUCCCUCCCAACUACGUGAUGGGAGGUGGAAUGCCUAUGUCAGGCUAUCCGAUGCACCCUGGGAUGACUCCGCAGCAGCAACAGCAGCAACACAUGAUGCAACGCAUGCAACCGCAUCAGCCAAAUGCCUCAGGCAUGUCGACUCCUACCCCUCAACGAACCUUUCAAGGUCAACCUCCCCAGAGUACACCCACUCCCAAUAAUGCGCCGACCGGACAACAACACCAGAUGUCGACACCUCAAAACGCUCACGCCACGCCCCAAAGUCAGACCCCAAAUAAUGCGCAACAACAAGCGCAACAUCAACCACCUUCCAGUGCUAUUCAGACACCUCAAACUCCAACAUUUCCCGCGUCCGCCCAGAGUGGCCCCAAUAACGCGUCGUCUGGGCCAACACCCUUGAGUCCCGGAUCUGACUCCCGCGACAAGGAAAGGGUUGGCGUCAUCUUGGAGAUUAACAAUGAAUUAUUGGUCGAAGCUAUGCAAAUCCAAAAUACCCAACAAAUAUUAAAAAAAGAGAAGGCAGCUUCCAAUGGUACCGAUGGUAUUACGAAUGAACCAGAGAAAAAGACCACAGAGGAGGAAGAUAUGUUGGCGCAAGAUUAUCUCCAUUGUAUGCGUAGAUUACAGACCAAUCUUACGUAUUUGGCUGCAUUAGCUGAUAAGAAAGGGAAUGUCACGGCGGCACCGUGUCCUACUUAUUUGAAGGCACCGCCGUUAAACACUAGCAUCAGAUUGAAGAUGAUGCUAGGUCCGGAUGGAACAGAGAGCCAGGAAGCACCAGACCGGGGGGAAACGGCGAAAUAUAUCCAGGAAUUAUACAAAAAACUCCAAGGACUUUACCCGGGUAUUGAUCCGAAUAAGGAGCCGACCUUUCCAGUCCCUCCUGGACGACAGGGCCCGCAAAUGGCGAAUGCUAUGAAGUCUGGGACGAGAACACCUGGUCAGCCAAGCCCCGUUCCUGGAAAGCCGAGGACCCCGAAGCUGAUGACCUCAGCACCACCAUCUUCUAUAGCAAAUGUCUCAACUGGGUUAUAGAAAGGCCCGUUGGUAAAAAGCUACUCCGCGCUAUUCGACAUGGUAACGAGUAGCUCAAUAAUGAUGGAUAUAAUAUACACACUUUCGAUGUUUCCGGUUUGGGGAGAAUCGGCUCCCUUUAUGAAGGUAUUUUGCGUUGCGCCUCGUAUAGAACAAUACCCCGCUAAGGUCAACGAUAUUUUGGUACUGCGUUUCAAACUCCGAAGAGGCUUAUUUGGUAUUCUGGCGUUAAAUUUUGGGAUGGGGUGACAUCCUCUUUGUUAGAUGACGUAUAUACCGGACUUUUUGGAUAUUGUAUAGUUUGCAUAUUACGAAUGGCCCCCAAAAGCAAGAAUCGAAUACAGUUGAAAGAGUUUAGCUAUUACUUCCAAGGUUAUUUUUUCCAGGUGUUCUGUCGCACAGCUUGAAGUUACUUUGACGU